GAUAUCGUUGCUCACGCAGCCGAUUCACUUCCUGGAUUUCGACCAAUUGCAUUGUUCCGUUGAUUCUACGCAAUUUUGCCGGGAAAACGGAAAUCGCCGCCCAUGUCCGGUGAAUAUUGAAAUUCAACAGUGAAGUGGCGGGAGAUCUGUCAAGUUCAUGCAUGGAGCAAUAGAGCUAAAUCUGGAAUAAAAGGGCUGCUUCACAAUGGACUUCAAACGCCGAAAUGGGGGCCCUGCGAUGGGUGGGGCCUCACAGGCCAAAAAAGGCAAAACGAGCACUGAAUGGGAGGAUAGUCCCUCCCAGUUUGAGGAGGAACUCGCUCUAUUUGAUGAAAUGGAGAUGGAGGUUGAGUCAGGGGAGGGGCAGGCAGGUCAUGAUGUCACUCCAGUGGGUGACUUAUUCUCUGCUGAUCUUAAUCCACGUUGGAAACGACCUCAGGCACCUGCUCUUCAGCCGAAUUCAGACACACUCAUCUUCCAACAGAUAGACCUGGACUACUACCUCGGAUCUGCAGUAGCAGGUAUGCCAGGGCAGGUUCAAGGAAAAGUGCCAAUAGUCCGCAUGUUUGGUGUGACAGACAGUGGCAACAGUGUGUGCUGUCAUAUUCAUGGAUUCGCCCCAUACUUCUAUGUUCCUGCACCAAACGGUCUUACAAAUGCGCACUUGGCUGAGUUUCAGAGAGAACUGAACUCUGCUGUGCUGAAAGACAUGCGGUCCAACAAAGACAACAUGGCCGUCACUGUGCUGGCAGUGGACAUCACCAUUAAAGAGAGUAUGUAUCAUUACCGUGGAAACCGCCCUCAAGACUUUCUGCGCAUCACCAUGGCGAUGCCACGACUGAUUGCGCCGGCGAAGCGAAUCCUGGAGCAGGGCUUUAAAUUUGCCAACUUUGCCACUCAGAGCUACAAGGGCUUUGAGGCCAACAUCGACUUUGAGAUCAGGUUCAUGGUGGACACCGAUGUGGUUGGCUGCUGCUGGAUUGAGCUUCCUAAAGGAAAGUACAAAGUGAGAGAAGAGAAAACUGAAGGUCAGACAGACUCACGGUACCCAGGGAAGGUGUCUCUGUGUCAGUAUGAGGUGGACGUGGCGUGGAAUGAUCUGAUCAGUCAUCCAGCUGAAGGAGAUUGGCAGAGGAUCGCUCCUCUAAGAGUGCUCAGUUUUGACAUCGAGUGUGCAGGCAGGAAAGGUGUGUUUCCUGAGCCAGAGGUCGACCCAGUGAUUCAGAUCGCCUCUAUGGUGCAGCGUCAAGGAGAGAAAGAGCCGUUUAUCCGGACUGUUUUCACUUUACAGAGCUGUGCCAGUAUAGUGGGCUCUCAGAUUCUCUGUUUUACUCAGGAAAAACAGCUACUGCAGAGCUGGGCAGAGUUUGUGAGGACGGUGGAUCCUGACAUCAUCACUGGCUACAAUAUUCAGAACUUUGAUUUUCCAUACCUUCUUAAUAGAGCUGCAACCCUAAAGGUCAAUUUUUUUCCAUAUUUGGGUCGUGUGCGAGGCAUUAAGUCAGUUCUAAAAGAUUCCAGUUUUCAGAGCAAGCAGAUGGGUCGCCGAGAGAACAAAACUGUCAAUAUAGAGGGACGUGUGCAGUUUGACCUUCUGCAGGUGUUGCUGAGGGAUUAUAAACUUCGUUCUUACACACUUAACGCCGUCAGUUUCCAUUUUCUGCAAGAGCAGAAGGAGGAUGUGCAGCAUUCAAUCAUUACAGACCUACAGAACGGGAAUGAGCAAACCCGGAGGCGUCUGGCUGUAUAUUGUCUAAAGGAUGCGUACUUGCCCCUGCGUUUACUGCAGAAGUUAAUGUGCGUCAUUAACUACAUGGAAAUGGCCAGAGUUACUGGAGUGCCCCUGACCUACCUUCUGUCUCGUGGACAGCAGAUUAAAGUGGUUUCACAGCUCCUCAGACAGGCUAUGAAGCAGGAUCUGGUCAUGCCAGUGGUGAAAACCGAGGCUGGUGAGGACUACACUGGAGCCACCGUCAUAGAGCCAGAAAAAGGAUAUUACAGUGUUCCUAUAGCAACUCUUGAUUUCUCCUCCCUGUAUCCCUCCAUUAUGAUGGCUCAUAAUUUGUGUUACACUACACUUCUGCAGAAAGGUCAAAUUGAGAAACUGGGUUUGGGGCCCGAAGACUUCAUUAAGACCCCUACAGGUGACCUGUUUGUGAAGAGCUCUGUGAGGAAGGGACUUCUACCUGAGAUCCUGGAAAACCUACUGAGCGCCAGGAAAAGGGCGAAGGCGGAGCUAAAGAAAGAGAAGGAUCCCUUUAAAAAGCAGGUGCUGGAUGGAAGGCAGUUGGCUUUGAAGAUCAGUGCGAACUCGGUGUAUGGGUUCACAGGGGCUCAGGUGGGCAAACUGCCCUGCCUGGAGAUUUCACAGAGUGUCACAGGCUUUGGUAGACAGAUGAUUGAAAAGACCAAACAGCUAGUGGAGUCAACAUACACGAUUGCUAAAGGUUACCAGGCGGAUGCGAAGGUCAUUUACGGAGACACAGACUCCGUCAUGGUGAAACUGGGUGUGGCCACAGUACAGGAAGCAAUGAAUCUGGGAAAGGAGGCAGCUGAGUGGGUUUCUUCACACUUCGUACCACCAAUUAAAUUGGAGUUUGAAAAGGUGUAUUACCCCUAUCUGUUGAUCAAUAAGAAGCGGUACGCAGGGCUGUAUUUCUCUUCCAGCGCUGAACAGCAUGAUAAAAUGGAUUGUAAAGGAAUUGAGACAGUCAGACGAGACAACUGCCCUCUAGUGGCCAACCUUAUAAACACAUGCCUCCAAAACAUCCUCAUUGACAGAGACCCCGAUGGAGCAGUGUCUCAUGCUAAAGAGGUCAUCUCUGACCUCCUGUGCAACCGUAUCGACAUCAGUCAGCUGGUCAUAACUAAAGAGCUCACACGUACCGCGCAGGAGUACGCUGGCAAACAGGCUCAUGUCGAGCUCGCUGAGAGAAUGAAAAAGCGUGACGCUGGCAGCGCUCCACACCUCGGAGACCGAGUUCCGUAUGUCAUCAUCAAAGCAGCAAAAGGGGUGGCGGCUUACAUGAAAUCAGAGGACCCCAUUUAUGUGCUGGAGAAUAACAUCCCUAUAGACACGCAGUACUACUUGGAACAGCAGCUGUCUAAACCUUUACUGCGUAUCUUUGAGCCCAUACUGGGCGAGAGUAAAGCUGAGAGUGUGUUACUGAAGGGAGAUCACACACGAUGUAAGACAGUCCUGACGUCUAGGGUCGGUGGCCUCAUGGCAUUCGCUCAGAAGCGAAGCACUUGCAUUGGGUGUAGAGCUGUACUUAAAACCGAUGUGGCUGUGUGUGACUUCUGCAAAAAGAAAGAGUCAGAGCUGUAUCAGAAAGAGAUUGCUCAUCUAUCAACUCUGGAGGAGAAGUUCUCCCGUCUAUGGACUCAGUGUCAGCGCUGUCAGGGUUCACUACAUGAAGAUGUGCUGUGUACCAGUCGAGACUGUCCUAUCUUUUACAUGAGGAAGAAGGUACAGAAAGAUUUGGAUGACCAUUCAAUGCUGAUCUCUCGUUUUGGCUGGUGAGAGAGAUUUCACAUCUUUCUCCGUCUUUAUUUGAAUUCCUUUGUAAUAUUCUUACCUCAGAGACCAAAUUGUAAAGAAUCUACGCGUUUUCUAGUGGUUGAAAAAAAUAAAGUGCAUUUUGUAAAAUUAUGUUUUCUUUGUCAACGUUGUAAUUCAUGG